AUGAGAGCAUACUGGUUCGACAACGCAGAGGGCGACCAACGCCUCCCCCACGACUCUGGCCGCGCCGUAUCCGCAGACUACCUCUCCCAACUGGGCGUCCUCUACUACAACAUCCCCUCCGAAUCGGACGUCGACAAGCUAGCCUUGGAACGGAGCUACAAGAAUCGCGACAUGAUCACCGUCUCCCCCGAAAAGAUGGGCGCCAUCUACGAAGAGAAAGUCAAGUCAUUCUUCCACGAGCACUUACACGAGGAUGAGGAGAUCAGAUACAUCCGGGAUGGGGCAGGAUUCUUUGAUGUGCGAAGUGAGGGCGAUGAGUGGGUGCGGAUCUUUUUGGAGAAGGAUGAUUUAAUUAUUUUACCCGCCGGCAUUUACCAUCGAUUUACGACUGAUGAAAAGAAUUACAUUGUGGCUAUGCGGUUGUUCAAGGAGGAGCCGAAGUGGACACCGCUCAACCGUGGUCCGGACGUCGAUGUUAACCCGUUCCGUAAGGAGUAUUUGCAGACACGACAAGUUAAGGCAUAA